AUGGCAGCAGCAGAGCGAGUGAUGCCGCGGUGGUUGUUGUGGUUGCAUUCAGCGGUGCUCCUGACCCUCGUGCCCCCCGUUGAGUGCGCUGCCACCCGCUUAUACACGGAGCAGGACCCGCUGGUGAUCCUAACCAAGGACAGUCUUCGGGCCACGCUGACCGACUCCUCCAGCGCUUGGUUGGUCCAGUUUUACUCCUCCUGGUGCGGGCAUUGCAUCCAGUACUCGGGUACAUGGAAGGCACUGGCUCGAGAUGUGAAAGAUUGGCAGGGUGCAAUCGGUGUGGCUGUGUUUGACUGUGCUCUGGAGGACAAUUUUGACCUCUGCAGAGACUAUGGCAUCAAGUUCUACCCCACCUUCAAGUAUUUCAAAGCACACAGUGGAGCAGCUGAGCGAGGAACCAUCUACAGAGGGGGAGACCGAGAGAUCCCCUCUGUGAGGCAGCUCAUGGUGAACAUUCUGCAAAACCACACCAGAGAGGAGAGACCAGAGCAGUGCCCAGAGCUGCGCACAUACAAUUCUGUGGAGCUGCUGCCGCUGUUGGGACUCAGGUCUGACCACUACACUGCCCUGAUCAUCGAAGAGCCACAAUCAUACACUGGCCGAGAAGUGAUCCUGGACCUGCUGCAGUACUCUGGGGUGGUGGUGCGCAGGGCUGUGAGCUCAGAUCGCCCCCUGGUGGAUGUGCUUGGAAUCAAAGAGCUGCCCACGGUUCAUCUGCUGCAGCCCAACAGCUCCCACCACACAGUCCACACGGAGAAGAGACUGCGCUUCUUCUUCACAUCACUUCUCAGGUCGUUGCCCGGAGUCCAGCGGAAGAUUCACACUAACAGCAGUGUUCUCAACCCACACAAGGGGGCGCUGUCUGACCAGAGCACACAGCCGCCCUGGAGGGACUUUGACCGAUCUCUGGUUUACGCAGCUGAUCUGGAGUCAGCUCUGCACUACCUGUUCAGGGUGGAGCUGGCCUCUCACAGAUCUCUGGAGGGAGAGGAGCUGCGCACCUUCAAAGACCUGGUCACGCUGCUCGCCAAGCUGUAUCCAGGAGGGGGCGCUGUGGUUAAGCUCAUGGAGACGCUCUCUGAUUGGCUGCUGAGUCUCCCUCUUCAGAAAAUCCCAUAUCAGGCUGUUUUAGACCUGGUGGACAACAAGAUGAAGAUCUCGGGCGUGUUCUUGGGCUCACAGAUGCGCUGGGUGGGAUGUCAGGGCAGUGCUCCGGGUUUGCGUGGAUACCCGUGUGCCCUCUGGACCCUGUUCCACUUGUUGUCGGUGCGCAGACAGGCCGCGCCCUUCGCUCUGCAGCACACCGCGCUGGAGGCAGAGGCCGCGCCCGUCAUCAACGUCAUGCGGCGAUACAUCCGCACUUUCUUUGGCUGCGAAGAGUGCGGAAAGAACUUCGAGGAGGCAGCCUUGUCGGACAGCGUGGCAGAGAUCAAGAGCCCAGAGGAGGAGGUGAUGUGGCUUUGGGACCAGCACAACCAGGUCAACGACAGACUGGCAGGUUCUCUCAGUGACGACCCACGUUUUCCCAAGGGGGCGUGGCCUCCUCCGUCCCUCUGCGCCUCCUGCCACGACGAGGAGCGCGGCCUGCAUGCCUUCAACCGCCAACAAGUUCUUCAAUUCCUGCUCCACCACUACAGCGACGCCAACCUUUCCCACAAGUACACUGUGGAAGCAGACGUCAACCUGGAACAGGUUAACGUAGGACAAGAGCAGGUGGCAAGCAAGGAACUAGGGCAUAAGGAGGUAGGAAGCGAGAAGGUAGGUGAGAAUGACGUGAACAAGAACUUGAGUGAGGAUAACGGCCAGGUCUUUCCCGGCCUUAUUAAAGACCAUAGCAAGAACGAAAACGGCUUAAAUAUGGAUGGUAGCAAGAACGUAAACGGAUUAAAUAAGGCGGAUAUCAAGAACUUAGUGGACAAGCUGGUCGGCCAUUUGAAGCCAGAAGAGGGCGCAGUGGUGGAGGAGGGGGAGAAGACUGGGUCAAGCGGGGACCAUGCCAACCGGACCCUGGCUCUGGGCUUCACCAGCGUGGACAUGAGCCUGUGUCUGCUGCUGUACGUGGGCUCCUGCGUCUUCCUCAUGUUGCUAUUCUUCUUCUUCAGAGUGCGAUCGCGGCGGUGGAGGCUGCGACCGCCCAAGCUCGCCGUCUGA